AUGAUGUACUGGGCGGUGACCAACAUAAACUACAUCCAGUCCAGGAACUCGCGACGGGUUCUCACCAUGAUCGUCCUCAUCUGGGUGUUCGCCCUGGCCAUCUCCGUGGGACCACUCUUCGGCUGGAAGGACGCCAACUUCGAGGAAAGGGUGUAUGUGGACCACGCCUGUCUGGUGAGCCAGGACGUCGGUUACCAGGUUUUCGCCACCAUGGCUUCAUUCUACGUCCCGCUGGCGGCGAUUCUGUCUCUCUACUGGCGCAUCUUCCAGGCGGCGAGGCGGCGCAUCAGGCACAAGGUCGGGUCCAACGGCAACGCCAAGCGCAGCCGGUACCAGCGAGCUGCACAGCCGGCUCCUCCGCAGUCGGAGACAGCGCCAAUCGCCUGCAGUCGCGGCUCGGAGUACGAGCUCUCCAGCUGUGCUACACCCACUAACAACGGCAGCGCGGCGCCGAGCGGCGCCGGCGGCGUCAGCAGCGUGGACGUCAUCCCGCGCGAGACCGAGCACCGCAAGAAGAAGACCAAGAAGGAAACGCUAGAGGCGAAGCGCGAGCGCAAGGCGGCCAAAACGCUGGCGAUCGUGACGGGCGCGUUCAUCGUGUGCUGGCUGCCGUUCUUCGUGACUGCGCUCAUGUUGCCCCUGUGCGGCGAUUGGUGCAGCUUUAGCGACGUCAUGAUGAGCGUCUUCCUCUGGCUGGGAUGGUUCAACUCGACGCUGAACCCCAUCAUUUACACCAUAUUCAGCCCCGACUUCCGGCAGGCCUUCAAGAAGAUCCUGUGCGGCCGGGCAGCGGUGAACAGUAGGAGAGUGCGCUAGUGCAGGUCGAAAAAUGACAGACUGAGUUCGACCCACGCGUAUCGAACCGACCUACAUCGAGUGUGGAUGGUGUAUACUGUAUACUGUAGAAUGUGUGAGCCACUAUCAGUAUGAAUAGCUAUUGGUGCUAUUUACCUGUGCGUUGAAGACCAUUGAAACACAUGUCCAUGGUAAUGCGUAGUGA